CUACCAAUUCCUCCGUUGUAAAACCAACCAACAUUGUAGUUCCCACGAUAUCAAUAACGGAGAUGCCUUCAGACGACGAGGCCUUACUGGAAUGGGCCACUGCGACGUAUUCCAAGGUCUGGACGUUCUCAAGUAUAGGAUCUGCCAACGUCAUCAACCUUCAAGUUGGGCAAGAUCCCAAUGCUCCCGAGGAGUGUAGGCUGACCCGCAACUACCAGCAGUCGCACAUCACCGCCAGUCAGGUGGAACCUGUACGCAUCGGCUACUGCAGCCCAGACAUCAGCAGGGCCACUCAGGAGGUACACAUCAUCUGGCUCCUAUCCCCAAGCUCCAGUGUCGUCGUCGAACUGAACGAAGUGUCAAGGAAUGCAGCGUCCAAAAGGAGGAUAGUGCUUGUUCUCCAGGCAGACACGCCGUUGGUGUGGAACGUCGUCAGCGACGCCAAUAUCAGGCAUCUGACCAUUGUGAGCGACCACCAGGUCAACACAGAGGGGAUCACAUCAGCUCCUUUUGAAGUACAAAAAGAGAAUAUUCCAACCAAGGUAGAGAACCUCUACUCCUGGGCCCUGGACAGGUACAGCGCCGUCGUGUCCUACACUGAGGCUGUCCUUGCCAACAAGUUUGAUAUCACAGUCGGAAAAGCAAACAUCUCCAAGCACACCCACCUCCUGUCACCCGACCACGCGGGAUCGACGUCCAUCGAUUGGCCCAACGACUCGCCCCACGUGGUCGUAGAGUGUCUGAAGAACAGUAUCCGUGCCCUGGUACCCAUGCAGGUGGCCCAGUACUACAACCUGAGCCCCGAAGACAUCACCUUGGAAGACAGGCAGUGCACGUCCAUGGAGUACAUGACCUUGGGCUUCAUGUUGGAUACGCAGCUUAAUGCAUGUGGGACCACGUCGGAGCAGCGGUUGAAUAAGAUGGUAUACCGCAACAGGGUGCUGUUCUUCAACGGGUCCCCUGAGGGCAGUGGGGCUGGCAUCGAAGGCUCCGGCGGGAACCCCCUCAACGAUGUGGACGUCGACGACGAGGACUCCACCCUGCCGUUCUACGCGUCGUCCAUCGAGUGCGAGUUCCUGCACGGACCCACCAACACGAACAGCGACAUGACCAACAACCAUGUGACCCUGCACAUGGAUAUGUACGAGACGCCCCUCUUCCAGAACAAGGUGGUGGACUUCCCGGCACCGCUCCAGGACCAUUCCAGGUUGUACUUCCAGGUCGGGGUCAGCGGAGGUCAGCGGAGACACGAGGUGGUUAUCAACCAGUGCUGGAUCCAGGCGGCGAAUGAGAUAGUUCAUUCCCUUAUUGAUUUCAGCUGUCCCGUUGACCAAACCAUCAUCUUCCAUGAGUUAAACCCCAACUACGUGAGCCUCGAUCCCCAGGAGGAUGGGGACCUGAAGCGCUUCAGUUUCCAGGUCCACUGGACACGGGAGACCUUUGGCCUUCAUACCUUCGUCAGCUGCAAGCUCAGUCUGUGCAGUAAAGACUUUAAUACGGUGGAUGAGGAGAAGGGUAUUCCGGUGUGUUCAACCUUAGAAGCCCUUCAGCAAGCCUGUUCGGGAAACCCGGGAGUUAGGGUUGGCCAGCAGCUGACCACGGGACCAAGCAAGACGCUCGAGAUUGGUCCUUUACUAGACAGCUCAAUAGAAAUAUCUGUAGUGGAUAGCAAUGAUAUAGAUAACGAAGUAAAUGUAGGAAAUACAGCAUGUCUAGAAGGAAACAGUGCUGAAACAAUUUCAGGUUUAGGUGCAGGGCCUGCAGCAGCUAUAGCUUUCGCAGCAUUCACCAUCGGUGUACUACUUACAGCAUGCCUUUGGUUCAUCCACGCACAUACAGGUCCGCGGAGAGAGAUCCCUGGAUCACCUCGUACAUUAAGCUCACCUAGUUCACCUUUGAUGAAUGGUCACAUACCAAACGGACAUUUACCGAACGGGGGGCCUAUGGUGGCCCGACAGCGGCCCCCGCCGGCGCCCGCUCCAAAUGGACCACUUCACAUACCCUUAGCGAACGGUAUGAACCCUAAUAUGAUCCCCGCGCGGGGACUUAUGAACGGACCCAUCGGGGAGUCAGUAUGAGAGUGACCAAACAUGAACUGCCGCGUGUGCAGCUUUGGAUCAGUGCUAAAAUUGUUUAGUGUGAAAUGGAACUCCGUGGGAGUGUAUUUCUCCACAUUGUUGAGGAGAGCACUCGCACCGGAGAGUCGAGUUUGAAUAUAUAUAUAUUUCAGUUGAAUCCAACGUGGCAUUACUGAAAGGAUAAUCAGUGUGAAAAAGGCAUUUUGAAAGGACCAACACCAAGGAUACAAUGCAUCUGAGACGAGUGAAGCAAAAAGUUUGUUAUGGAAUGGAAAGGACGAUCAUCAAUAGGGAUCAACCUUCUCUUCGAUCAGCUUGGCACGAUGUGAAUGGACCAGGUGAUAUUCCUGUAUAGAUGCAUGCAGAGUUUUUCACAUAUGACAAGUAGACUAGGCAAUCCUGUGGAAACGCAUUUAGGAGCCUGGUGCAGUCAGUUGUGAAGAGGUAUGGGAAGGAUGACAGGUAUAACAACUCAAGUGUCCGCUUGCUUCCAACGCCAAUGUGGAACCUGUUCAGAUAUAUUCUAUCCAAACCGUUGAAGAACUCGAUGGAAUUGACCCUCCUUGCUUUCAAGUGUAAAUAGGACCAUUGACGGAGGUGCUGAAGAUUUGGACGUCUUCGAACAUGUACAUGUACAGCAGAAUGAUACGCAAGAGAAAAUUUUAUUGGACUAUUUUCCCUGUUUCUUCGUUUUUUUUACGCAAAAGAAAAAGUUUCACAGUACAGCACUUGUAAGCCUACGCAAUGCGUAGUCAGUGUGAUAAAAAAACUGAAAGUGUGA